AUGUUUAAGCUGGGUAGAAGCAGCCUGCAACGGCCAGUGGCCACUGUUGCUCGUAUGAGCCGUUCUAGCGGUGCUGUUGUUCCACGUAUGAUGACCAUAUCGAUGAGAUUGCAAAGUACCGAGUCAAAGCCACAGGAAUCAAAUGAAUUCAGCGACGAAAAGAUUGAUGAAUGGUUAGAAGCCAUCAAAUCGUUGAGGGCCGAGUUUUCAGAACAAGAGUUUUUACCUGAGACCUCUUUGGCACCUCCAGGCCAAACGAGAAUAGAUAUAAUAGGAGAUGUGAUGGCAGCAAGCAAAAAAUUCGAACCCACUAAGCAGCAAAUGGAAGAAUGGGAAAGAUUAAAGGAUGUUCCAAUCCCUCAGAGAAAGGAUCCCAUUUUGCAGCAUGUUACAAAUAUGGUAAUGAGACAUGGUAAGAAACAACGUGCAGAAAAGAUACUUUCGAGAGCUCUUUACUUGGUUUUUUGCCAAACGCGUCAGGAUCCAGUCGAGGUGCUCAAAAAGGCUCUAGACGAAUUAGCGCCACUCAUGAUGGUUAGAACUUUUAACACAGGUGUGGCCAAAGCUGCUGUGAUCCCUGUUCCUUUGAAUCAAAGACAAAGAAACAGAAUUGCUUGGAAGUGGAUUGUAGAAGGUGCAGACAAGAGGGCUUCAUCAGAUUUCGCCGUAAGAUUGGGAGAAGAACUAAUCUCGGUGUACAAAGGUAACAGUUCCGGUUACGACAAGAGAGAUCAAAUACACAAGACAGCCAUUGCCCACAGAUCCUACAUCAGAUUGAAAUGA